AUGCAGUCCGACACGCUGCUGCACGCGGCUAACUUCAGCACCCUGCUGCUGUGCAUGGUGCUCAAGUUCCCGCAGAUCUUUGCUCUGAUGCGGGCCAAGUCCUCGGCAGGAGUCAGCUUCAACAGUCUACUCCUCGAACUGCUCGGAAACAAAUCCCAUGGAAUAAAUGCUCUUGAUUGUCUUUCCUUUCUUGCAGAGGUAGAUGCCACCUGCAGUGACUUCGACUUUGGCACCGCACUGCACAUCGCUGCGUCCAACCUGUGCACGUCGGCUCUCAAAUGUCUCCUGGAGCUGGGAGCCAACCCUGCUUUCAGAAAUGAGAAAGGGCAGUGCCCAGCAGACGUUGUGCCUGACCCCCUGGACAUGCCCCUGGAGAUGGCCGAUGCAGCGGCCAUGGCCAAAGAGCUCCGGACUCUGCUGAGACGGGCUUUACCCAGACCCAGCUCCCCUCUGCCGCUCACACUGCAGGCCCAGUCCCUCCCUGGUCUCUCCGAUAAGGCCAGGAUCCAGCUCGCCGCCAUGGGACUCCGACUAGGAGACCGUGUGGUGAUAGCCGGACAGAAGGUUGGAAGGCUUCGAUUCUGUGGCAGCACCGAGUUCUCUGGAGGCCUCUGGGCCGGAGUGGAGCUGGACAAACCGGAGGGGAAGAACGACGGCUCGGUAGCAGGCGUUCUGUAUUUCACCUGUCGUUUCAAACAUGGAAUCUUUGCUCCCCUCUCAAAGAUAAGCAAACCUUUGGAAAGACAUAAAGCCAGCACCAAAAGGACGUCUACUCCCUUAAGACCCCCUCGUCGCAUCGACGUAUCCCGCAUCACCUCCAAGAUAAACACAGGCGUUCUCUCCCGCUCUCUCUCCUCUUCAUCCUCUUCCCUGGAUUCUCGGCAUGGACCAGGGGCCCGCCCUCGUCCCCUGCCAAGGCAGCGUCUUCCUGCCAGGCAGCGGAGGGAGAGAGCUUCUCUCAGUCCGAGGGCCACGCCCUCACCUGCGAUCCACUCUUCUCCUGACAACACUGCACUGUCUCCUGCAGGUCUUCGAAGUAGAACCCCCUCGGCUAGUGGCUCAGUGUUUGGGGGCCCCGAGGUGCGCCUGGGGGAGAGGGUGCUGGUGGUCGGUCAGAGAACUGGUGUAGUGCAGUUCUACGGGAAAACCAACUUUGCUCCAGGGCUCUGGCUGGGCAUUGAGCUGGAUAAGCCCAGUGGUAAGAACGAUGGGUCGGUGGGGGGGGUGAGGUACUUCAGCUGUCCUUCCAAACAUGGCGUCUUUGCUCCCCCUUCUCGCGUCCAAAGGAUCCAUGGAUCUGUUGACUGCCUGUCGGAACUCUCCUCCUCGCGCCAUCCUUUCAGCGGGACGAUCCGUCGCACUUUCAGCACAUCAUCGGCCAUCGCUGCCUCCAAGGAGACGAGCCGGAGGAGUCCUGUCACCAGAAAUCGCUCUAACCCUCACCGCCGGCGCUGGAGUUCACUGAGUGGGGCUGUUCCCGGGAGCGCACCAGGUUCCGCACCCCCGCUGGGCUCCGCCGCCCCGCCUGCCUCUGGGCAGGUCUGCCUCCACGUGGGCAUGCAGGUCCUGCUCACCAGUGCCAACGACAUGGCCUCCAUCCGCUACCUGGGCCCCGCGGACUUCGCCCCGGGGCUCUGGCUGGGCCUGGAGCUGCGCAGCCCCAAGGGGAAGAACGACGGCUCUGUGGGGGGGCGGAGCUACUUCAGCUGCCGGCCCGGGCACGGGGUGCUGGUCCGGCCCAGCCGUGUCACCUACAGGGGCCUCAACGGGGCCCGCCUGGUGGACCAAGACAGCUAAGGACUGUGGGAAGGGGUUGGAGGGACAUUUAAAGAAGUUUUGUCUUUCUUUUUAUGAUCUUCUAUUCAAUGCAAAAAAUAUAGGUUUAAGCGUCUUUAAUAUGCAUUACAUAUAAAUUGCUUAUUUCUCAUUUACUUAGUUAUUCCUUUAUAUUACUUUACAUUACUUUACAUUACAGGUCACUUAGACACUUUUAUCCAAAGUGACUGACACAGGAGCAGUCUGGGGGAAGUGGACACAACAUGCUGACUCCAGUGGGACUCGGACGUUCUCUCCACUGAUCCAAGAUCAGAUCCCACUGAGCCACAGCCUCUUUCAGAGGAGUUGUAAGUUACAGCAAUAAAACUACCUAUUAAGAGUUCAAUGUAAAAAUACUCAAUUCAAUUUGGACAAAAAUAUGAGGUAAAGAAAGCACUUUAUGAAAUGAACUAUACAUUCUUAUUAGAAUUAGUCAGGGCAGGAUACUAGGGGGGGGGGGAGUCUGAAUAAGACAUACAACACUGCACUACUUUGAAUCUGUUUGCACUGAGAAAGAAUAUCAAUGACAGAUCAGAAUGAGAUUAGGCGGAUGGUAUGGAUGUGCACACAUGAAAAAGUGUUUCUAAUACCCAAAGCUAAUUUUGAUCACAUGCAGGAGAGAUUUUAUCAGAUCAUUUAGAUAAUGGUAAUGUAGCUUACUCUCCAACAAAGUGUGCAUGUGUCUGUGAUUAUGUGCGCAUCUGUGUGUGCAUGUGUGUAUUCAUUCAGAGCACUUUGAAACAAGAGAGAUGAUUAAUGCCUGCAGAUAAUUGAUGGAAGUUGAGUCAAAUCUGGAUUUUCUAGUUUAUGAAUCAAUGUGAAUGAAACGGGAUUUAAUUCAGACGCGACCUCCAGCAGAAUAAAUCUGCUUUAACAGAAGUCAUGUCCUCCCACGUACAACAGUUUUUGCUACAGUAGGGCUGCGGUAGGCAGGAGUCUUUGCCCUCAAUUGGGAGAAAAACAAUCCAUAAUAACCUUUCAGCAUAUUAUUAUCCUUAGGUCUGAUACCAGAAAGCCGGAAAAUCUUAAAGGGAGAGUUGCUAUUCAAGCAUUGGGGACAACUGUAUUUGCUACAAAUGAACCGGGAAAAAGAAGACUGACGUACCAACAAGGGGGGGGGGAGAAUGUGUUUAAGCCCUGACAGCUUUUUACUACAGUAUGAUAUCUUCCAUAUGUUGAAGACCCCACUUCAGAGCAGGGGUAUACAUGUUUUUUACGGUUGAUUAAAGCAGCUCGACAGAGGAUAUACGCAAUCAUCUUGUUUGAAGGAUCGCGCUGGCUGUCGGAGCCUCUCUGCAGAGAGCAAGCCAUCGAUUGGGCAUGUGGAAAACAGGCCCACUGUUCAGCAAAACACUCAUGUGCCACCCAAUUAAAGCUCAGGCCCCAACAAGAGGAGCAGAAUCUCCAAUGGCCUUCAUUGAUCCGUCUGCAGAGCCUGGUGGAGGCAGUGCUGGUCAGAGAUCAGACAGAUGAAAUGCAUUUCUGAGAUGCGAUUGAGAUAUUUCAACCCCACAGAAAGCUAAUUUGCAUAAAUGCCAUCCCUGUGAUCACUACUGUGGCAUUUGUAAGAGUUUCAAAUCUCAGCUUCAGAAAAGCUCGCAUAUCUUUGGUGUAUCCCGAUUGUAUUACAGCAUGAGUACUUUCAGAUUCCACUGGUGUGUAUGACGGUGUUUUGGCGCUGUGUUCCUGUGGGUAAUGGAUUGUUGUUUUUCAUAAAAUUCCUGAUAUUUGACUCUGAAGUGUGUGAGGGGGAUUUGGUCUGAUGCAUUUUUCAUGUUGUGGAAAAUAACAGUAUUUGUAAAAAAUAAAAUAUAAGACUAUUCUAAUUUGA